GGUAGGUCGAUGGAUGAUGAAUGACGAUGCUUUGCUAUUUUCUCCUCCUUCGUGACUUCUCUCGUUCGGUCUCCCUUUUAGUGUCUCGAACGUUCCUGACGCAGCAGUUCCGUUGAUUGAAGAGCUCUAGGUUACUACACUGAGGACGACACAGACCCCAGGAACGCGAGAAGCAGCCGUUAUAUCUAGGUUUCCCACUCCCGCCUACAGCUUCAAGAUGCCGCCUCGUCUCCCUCGGAACCUCCAAUCCCUCGCACGCCCGCUCUUUCCAGCCCGCUCCCCGUUUCGAGCCCUCGCCACGACUCCCCGGGCCUUUGCUGCGGACCAAGACCCCGACCGCCACCCCCAUCCCCAGCGAGAUGCACAACUAGACCGCGAGAAGAUGAACCCCGAGGCGUCGGAGUACUCCAAGUCGGGCACCGACGACGCCUCGGCAGCUAACGAGGAAGCCGCCUUCGACCCCAACAUCACCGACCCCCAAGAGGCCAAGCGGAAAGCCGGAGAGGGGAACCAGGUCAACCCGCUGGACGCGAGCCCGGCCAAUCCAGAAAUCAGCCAGGGAACGGCAGAGGAGGAAGGAGGGGCCAAGAAGAAGAUGUCGGAAGGCGGCGGUGGGAGGAGAGGGGGAGGAGAGGCGGGAAAAGGCGAACAGAGCACUUGACGUGCCGGACUCGGGCACACCGGCGAAAGAGCUAAGGGUAGGAAGAUGACGUUGUAUAUACUUUGAGUGGGGUAUAUUCAUCCAUGAAACGGACGGAGUCGGUUGCAUUAUCCUUCAAACGCAGAUAUGGGUAUCAUUCCAACCUUCCAGGUUAUCCUACAAUUCAGCCUUGGUC